AUGGCAGCCUCCCAGCUGGCGGCCCUGGAGGAGGAGGAGAAUGGGGAAGGAGGAGCUAGGACGAGGCUGGGGGAGCGGGAGGCUUCGUGCUACUCGGAGGGGCAGCGGCUGGCCCUGGAGGUCCUGCUGAGCGAGGGGGCCACGGGCUACGGGGCCUUCGUGGCUCGGGAGGGGAUGGUGCCCUUCCUGGGAGCCGAGGAAGCCCGGGGCCUGGAGGCUGCGACCGAGGACUGGAGGCCCCAGGGGCCCCAGGAGGAGGGGUGUGAUGGGGAGGGGGCCGGCGGGGACAGCCUGACCUACUGGCCGGGCUGCACGGAGGAGUCCCCCCCGGAGCUGGGGCUCGGGUGGCCGGAGGACUCCUCCUGGAAGGGCAUCAGCAGGGCCCGGCUCUACACCCACCCCCCCGCCGAAGGGGACCCGCCCAUCAAGGAGCUGCUGAGGACCUCGAUCCAGGAGGCCAGCAAGGUAGUGGCCGUGGCCAUGGACAUCUUCACGGACCCUGACCUGCUCCUGGAUCUCUACAGGACAGCGACCCGCCGGAGGGUCCCCGUCUACCUCCUCCUCUGCCAACAGCACCUCCCGGCCUUCCUGGCUCUGGCCAAGCAGCUUGGCCUCAGUUUUCAGACCACUGAGAACCUGGAGGUGCGGGUGGUCCGUGGCUGCACCUUCCAGAGCCGGCAUCGAAAGCAGGUGAGCGGGGAUCUGAAGGAGAAGUUUGUGUUGCUGGAUGGAGACACGGUCAUCACCGGAUCCUACAGCUUCACGUGGAGCGAUUCCCGGCUCCAUCGGGGCCUAGUGACUCUGCUGACUGGGGAGAUUGCCAAUGCCUUUGACCACGAGUUCCGGACCUUGUUUGCCGCCUCCUACCCCCUGCCAGCCCAACCCACGCCCUUCCAAACCCUUGCCCUGCCCCCGAGCUCCUACUUCAGCAUGCUGGAUGGGGUGCAGCUGGCCUCCUCCAGGCCCCACCGCAUCACUCAGCGCCGCACUAUGGUCCCCGUCGUCCAGCCGCUGACGUCCUCGCCGCCGCCCGGCCACGGCCCGUUCUCGGGGAGACCGAUUCCUGGAUCAAAGGGAAUGGCUCCUGGACCCCGGUCUCCCCUAGUGACUGCCUUCGUUCCCCACUGUGCUCCAACGAAGGCCCCGCGACCCCCAUCUUCCAAAGUCACGUUCCAGGGAAACCUGCCUCCUGGAAAGUCAUCCGUGUUGUCAGCAGCCCGGAGACCGCCAUCUCCAGUAGGGACGGCGAGCCCAAGUCCCCCAGCCAUCCUUCUUCCAGACGACUCUAUCCGCCAUCGUCUGGCCGCCUGCCGCACGUUCGAAGGCCCGAGGAAGGUCAGGGGGUCAGGGGAUCUGGACCCGCUUCCCCCCGGCAACCUCCCCACUGGCCCAGCCCUCAGUGACAUCCUACGCAGCGUACAGCAGAGACGUCAACCCUCCGGCCCCCCUACCCGGCCUAGUCGCUCGCUAUGGGACCUGAGCCGCCUCUCCCAGCUGUCCGAUUCCAGUGACCAGGAGGGGGAAAGAACCAAGGAGGCUUUGCUGACCUGGGGCCACCGGGACACCCCGGCCAUGGCGCUGAUGAGGCAGCGGGGAGCAGGGCCCCCUCGAGAGGAGGUCCAGCCCCUCCCCCCGCUUUGGGGUGGCCCUACCCGGCCCGCCAACUUCCGCCAGUACCGCCGCUGAGACCCCAGAGAGACACCAGAGGCAGAUGGGCGAGGUGGUAGAGAUGCGGGGAUGAUAUCCCGAAACUGGACCAAGGCACGCUCGGGGGCCCUAGACUGGCCGAGGGCAAUGGGAGCCCUCCGGGGCUGUGAGGUUGCCCAGCAGGGCUCCCAAGGGCCAUGAGGUCACCCGUUGAGGCUCUUGGGGGCCGAGAGAUCACCCAGAGAGGCUCCCGGGGACCGUGAGGUCACCCAGCGGUCUUGAGGACACCUGGCGAGGCUCCCAGGGGCCAGGACCUGGGCGCUGCCACGAGCUGGCUGGGCUGAGCCAUCGGUUGGGUGCGGAUAUGAGUUUCUGGGGCCGAGCCGGGAAGCCCUUGGAUUGAACUGGGUGGGUGGAGGGGUGACGGGGCAGGGGCCUCCUCCAUCCACCCACACCCAGGAAGAGGCAGGACAAACUGGGAUUAACUGGGAGCCUGAGGCACAGCGACCGGAAGGAAUGUGUGGGAGUGGACAGAAUGCGGGGGUGGGGUGGGGUGGGAGGCGGUGGUCCUGACUGAGCUGAGGU